AUGGUCGAUUCUCUGUGUUCCUACUGUCAAAUUUUUGGCAAACCUUCAACACAAAUAAAUUUCAUUAUUCUCGCUGGUGGGCCAGAUACAACUGCCUAUGAACGAAUAAAAUAUUUCAUACAAAACUAUUCACAAACUAACACGUCAUUUGAAGUCAAUAAUUUGACUAAUUAUGAUGCAUUAAUGGCCAUACAAAAUCGCAUAUUCGAUCAUAAAAGCCAACCUGCAUCAACUAAUUCAGUCACAACGAAUCCAAUACAUACAUGUUGUCGUGGACGUACCACAUUGCAUGCAAAGGAAUAUGAGACACUUCGCAAAGAAGUUGAUGAUCUGCUCAAUGAGAACGCCUUAACUUGGAUUCUCGUUUAUGGCUCCGUUCUUUUGGAUCCGGAUUUCCUUAAGAUAGUCAUCGACGUAAAUAAUCAAAAGCAACCAUCCGUUACAACGGCAUUCGCUGUUCUCGGCUUAUUAGUUAAUGAAGAGAAACUGUUCACGGAUUGGAUUUGUCAGAGUGCUCCUUAUCAAGAAUACAUUAAUCAAACGUAUCCUAAUUAUGCAGAUCGUACUCGAAGAUUUUUUUCUCUACUGAAUUCCUCGCAAUCUCUUCGAGAACAUACAUUGCUUGUUCAAGAUAAUGGUGACUUGCCGAGUGCUCAAUUACAAGAAAUAUUAAAAGAUCUAUUUGAUCAAAAGCUAUCGAAAUAUUCAUCUAACGAUAAUAACGUUCGAUCUUCGAUGGAAAAAUUACUUGGACCACAUAAGCGAACGGUGCAACAUGUACGAUAUACUACAUCCAACUUAAAGUCUUAUUAUGCACGAAUUUUGAAGCGUCCUUUAGAAUCUCUUUGCAGUCGUUUGAAAAACAUUGACGAAGCAACUGAGGCGGUCCGUGAAGUAGUCUAUCUGGUGCUUCGUGAUAUGGUCUACGCCGAUAGAGAGAAGCAAAGAGCAUACAAACGACAUUUUCUAUGUGGAUUUAAGGAUUCAGAUGUUGAAAAUUCAGACACAAUCGCAGCUCAACUGAUUCUUUACGCACAACGACUGCUUGCUAGCUAUGAUGAAUCGACAUUUUCUCUUCUCUAUGCAAUUCUCUGGUGCAUCUGCCAAGUAUCGAAACACUUUUUCUUUCGUCACAAACUAUUCAGUAACACGCGCGAGACUUUCGAAUUGAGUCUUUCACUCGUAUGCCAUCAAAAUUAUGCUCUUAAACUCGCUGGCUUGGAUCUCUGUGAAAAGAUUCUUAAUGCUGAUCUAAAUGAACAUAGAUAUGCCAAUGUUUAUUUAUCAGUCGAUACAUCAACAGCACGAAAAAUUUUAAAUGCAAUUAUGCAGCUUUUAUUACCAUAUCAACGACUGAAGGAAAUGUACCGUGAUGAAGCACUCUCAUUCGAUUCUGAAUCAGAUGAGCGCAAAUCACGAAUGUUAUCGGAAAUAGACUACUGUUUUCAACAUACCGAAAUUUUAGCAAACUGGGUUAAUUUCGAAGUUUUAUCAUCUCUUUUCUAUGCAAGUUUUGACCAUUCUUCGCAAGUGACAGCAGAUGACGUUCACACAAUUGUUGACGCUAUCGAAGUUCUAGCCGAUUCAAAGUUCGCUGUAUCAUCUCAAAUUGCAGACAGGUCUAAUAACAAACUGCUGUUGAUCAUCCAAUUAUAUGCUCUGCUUACAUCGUUCCUUAUUAAUGGUUCGAUCCCAAUCAGUACUACGGUAAAACGACAAGUCCGUCUACUGACAAUAAUUCCAUCCACUAUUGGAGUGUUAUUUCGAAGUAGCUCAUCUCACAUGAACAAAGUCGAUAUACCCCUUCGUUUGUACUCUCUACUGGUACGAUCAAAAACGGAGCACAAUGACGAGGACGAGGACGAGGAUGAGAAAGGAUAUGUUGAAACACCUAACGUCAUCACAAUGGUUGAACCCGUCAAUCAGCCAAAGAAACCUUCAACAUCUACGAAAGAUCUACUAUCUGCAUACCAUUCGUUGCAUGAGCAGCUUCAAAUGUUAGGUCAACGCGACGAAACUGGAAAGCAAUUGAAGGAUUUUCAGAAAUUAUAUGAUAGCGAAUGGGAGAAAAUUAACAUUUUACAAUUAAAAUGCGAUUAUGAACACUUGAAACAGGAAAAGCAAUUACUUAAUGAAAGAUUUCAACAUCUCGAAGAAGAAUUACAACGUACAAAGGUCGAUCGAGAUGAAUAUCAAAAAGAGAAUAUUCGAAUGGCCAAAGAGAUCGAUCGUUUAAUAAAAUCAGGUACUUCUGCGAAUGUCGUCAUCCAAUCUGGCGAAAUUUCGACGAGUACUUCAUCACAAGCGAGCAAGCUGAACAGUUCAUUAGAAAGAUAUGCCAUCGAAGAGAAACAUUUAAGGACAAGGAUAUGCGAGAAUCGAUAUGCGGCUCAUUGA